UUUUCUUUAGUUUUCUUCGCCUCCGUUCUUGUUCUCUAUUAAAUGAGUGCGAUCCCAAUCUCAAACCCUAAUUCGAUCCAAUGGCUUUUUCUCUCUCCCCAUCGAAUUCGUUCAAUGCAUCUGCCGCCUCUGUUGACAAAUUCGGAAAGCAGCGGCAACUCGGAUCUCUCAAGAUAGGAAGUUCCCAGCUUAUUUUGGCAACGAGGCUUGAACCUCAUUUCAUAAAGUUUGGGUUGCGCAAGAAAGAAACUUCUACAGUGAGUGCGUCUUCAAAAGAAUCCUAUGGUCUAAUUCGAAAGCUCGAAGAUAAUGAAAAGCACAGGUUACAUGAAAACGAAUGUGGUCAGGAUCCUUUUGAGGAGCUGAAAUGCAGGUUCCUGAAUUUCAAAAAGAAAAACUUUGUGGAAAACAGGGUUCACUAUGAAAACCUUGCUGAAGCCCAGGCACCAAAGUUCAUGGUGAUUUCUUGUGCAGACUCUAGGGUUUGUCCUUCGAGAGUCCUAGGGUUUCAGCCAGGAGAAGCCUUUACUGUUCGAAACAUAGCGAAUUUAGUUCCAAAAUUUCAGCAUGGGGCGUCAGAAACUAGUGCAGCGCUUGAAUUUGCUGUUAAUUCUCUUGAGGUUGCUAAUGUGUUAGUGGUUGGCCAUAGCCGCUGUGGGGGUAUUCGAGCGCUUAUGAGCAUGGAAGAUGAGGGUGAUUCCAGAAGUUUCAUCAGAGAUUGGGUUUCUAUUGCCAAGAGUGCAAGGUUAAGUACGCAAGCAGCUGCUGGAAACAUGAGCUUCGAAAAGCAAUGUACACAUUGUGAGAAGGAAUCAAUUAAUGGUUCGCUGCUGAACUUGCUGACAUAUCCGUGGAUAGAGAAGAGAGUGACCGAAGGGACACUAUCUCUUCAUGGUGGAUACUAUGACUUCGUCAAUUGCACCUUUGAGAAAUGGACCCUUGUAUAUAAGGAAGGUCUAGAGGGUGGCAGUAAGUAUGCUAUCAAGAACCGUUCCUUCUGGUCCUGACAUCCUCUGAGACUACUGAAAAUCUUUAUUUGUUUGUGAUCUACAUUUGUUGUCUGAUGUUGUAAGCGGUCCAUAUUUGUUGUCUAAUGUUGUAAGUGGUCUAUACUACUAUGUAUUUGUUGCCUGCCGUUGUAAGUUGUAAAAUGCACCAUGUUUUCACCCUCGUCACCGAAGAACACUUCUUCGAGUACGAAGUCCCAUUGCAGUCCACACCGCUAAAUCCCUGUAUUACAGACUUCUCCAAAGAAACAUUUACGUGUUGUGAAUUGUUGCCUUGUAAAAUUGAUCCUUGUCUCUAUAGUUGGUUUGAUCUGAUUUA